ACCAACCCUUUCUAUACUGCUACAAACUCUCAUCCAUUCCCCUGUUCCUAUAGUCUAAGCUCUAGACCAAGGUAGUAGAUAUGCGCUCCGUUGUCUUCAAGGGCCCUUUCAAGGUCGCCGUCGAGGAUCGGCCGAUUCCUCAAAUCCAGGACUCUACAGAUAUCAUCGUCAAGGUCACCUUUACAGCUCUUUGUGGAAGUGACCUUCAUGCAUUCCGCGGCAUUGAACCCUGUGGAACCGGCUAUAUUAUGGGCCAUGAGUUGACGGGCAUCGUGGUUGAGACCGGUACUGCGGUGAAAAGUGUGCAGAAGGGGGACAAGAUCGUCAGUGCGUUCACGACGUCUUGCGGAGAGUGCUUCUACUGCAAGGGAGGGUUUUCGUCGCGAUGCGAGAAGAAUGCCCUCUUUGGAUGCGACAAUCUUGACGGCGGACAGGCGGAAUAUGUCCGAAUUCCUCUUGCAGAUGGUACCGUCCAGAAAGCACCGGACGGAAUCCCUGACCAGCUGCUAGUGUUGAUGGGCGAUAUCUUCCCCACGGGAUACUUUGCCGCCAGAAACGCCUUCAAGGAGUGCACCAAGGAGCAGAUCGCCGAGCAGACAGUCGUGGUUAUUGGCUGCGGACCAGUCGGCCUCUGUGCUCUGGUCAACGCCCUGGAAUACCGGCCUAAGCACGUCCUCGCUGUCGAUUCGGUCCCAUCGAGACUGGAACUCGCCAGGUCGCUGGGCGCCGAACCCUGGAACUUCCAGACAGAUCGGCCAGGACUCGACAAACGUAUCAAGGAGCUUACCCAGGGCCGAGGCGCAGACGCUGUUAUUGAGGUCGUCGGGCUGAGCCCUGCGCUCCGAACCGCCUUUGAUCUCCUCCGACCCUUUGGUACGAUCAGCAGCGUCGGUGUACACAAUGGAGAGAUCCCAUGGUCUGGCAGCGAGGCGUAUGACAAGAAUGUAAGGCUCCAGAUGGGUCGCUGUCCAGUGCGUUCAGUCGCACCACAGGCUUUGGAGGUCCUCCGCAAGACUCAACACUUAUUCAACUUCAUGACAGAAAACAUCAUGCCCCUGUCCAAGGCCGUCGAGGCCUACGAGAUCUUCAAUGCCAUGAAGGUGCAAAAGAUCAUUUUUGAGGCCGAUAAAUGAAGGACGGAUAUUAACUAUUUAUUCACUGAAGAAUCAGCAGUAGUAGAGUCCUAGUCACUAUUUACCUAUAAAUAGAAUCGUAAAAAUUCAUCAUAAA